CUAACUACCGUUCCCAGAGGGCGCCACUCUGCAAAUUACCAAAUCAGCUCUAAGCACAAAGCAUCGCGAGUCUUUGGUGAGAUUUGGCGCUAUAAGCUUGUGGGAAAGGGCAUUGGAAACCCUUUUCACAAGAUGGCGCCGAAAGCGAAGAAGGAAGCUCCUGCCCCUCCUAAAGCCGAAGCCAAAGCGAAGGCUUUAAAGGCCAAGAAAGCAGUGUUGAAAGGUGUCCACAGCCACAAAAAAAAGAAGAUCCGCACGUCACCCACCUUCCGGCGGCCCAAGACACUGCGACUCCGGAGGCAGCCCAAAUAUCCUCGGAAGAGCGCCCCCAGGAGAAACAAGCUUGACCACUAUGCUAUCAUCAAGUUUCCGCUGACCACUGAGUCUGCCAUGAAGAAGAUAGAAGACAACAACACACUUGUGUUCAUUGUGGAUGUUAAAGCCAACAAGCACCAGAUUAAACAGGCUGUGAAGAAGCUCUAUGACAUUGAUGUGGCCAAGGUCAACACCCUGAUUCGGCCUGAUGGAGAGAAAAAGGCAUAUGUUCGACUAGCUCCUGAUUACGACGCUUUGGAUGUUGCCAACAAAAUUGGGAUCAUCUAAACUGAGUCCAGCUGCCCAAUUCUAAAUAUAUAUAUAUAUAUCUUUUCAACAUA